GAAAAAGAACAAAAAAGAUUAGAAUAUACAGAAAAAAUUUGGUGCAGUUGUUGCAGUGUUCCCGCAAGAUGAAGACUAUGGUGACGCCAUUGACAAGAGUCUCCACAUUUUUUCGCCCAAUUCCCUAUAAUGCCCUUCCCUUCUCCCCCAAACCACGCUUCUCUUUCUUACCAAACUCCUUCACCUUCACCUCUCUCACUCCUUCUCUUUCAAUGGCUUCUUCUUCCCAAUCCACUGCUCAGGUUGUUUCCUCUGGUGAUGUCAACAAUAAAAAAGAUGAUGUCUUUCAAUUAAUUCAAGCUCAUCAGGAAAAAGCUGCAAGACUUCCACCAGUCGAAGAAAUUCGAACUGUCCUUGAUCGUAGUCUACGUGGGACGCUCUCCACAUUCUCGAAGAAGUAUGACGGUUAUCCAUCAGGAUCUAUGGUUGACUUUGCAUGUGAUGCAAAUGGAUGUCCUAUAUUAGCAGUGAGCGACUUGGCAGUUCAUUCAAAGGACUUAGCGGCUAAUCCUAAAUGUUCAGUGCUUUUGGCUAGAGAUCCUGAAGAUAGGACUGAUUUGGUGAUCACUUUACACGGUGACGCUAUCUUUGUACCUGAAAAGGAUAAAGAGGCCAUACGAGCUGCAUAUUUGGCGAGACAUCCCAAUGCGUUUUGGGUUGACUUUGGAGACUUCCGAUUUGUACGCAUUGAACCAAAAGUUGUACGAUUUGUGUCAGGUGUUGCCACAGCUUUGUUGGGAUCAGGAGAGUUUACUGGAGAUGAGUACAAAUCAGCAAAAGUUGACCCCAUUGCUCAGUUUUCCAAGCCAGUAGCGUCGCACAUGAACAAAGAUCACGGUGAAGAUACUAAAGCGAUUGUGCAGCACUGGACCUCAGUUCCGGUGGACUUUGCUGACAUAAUAGAUUUGGAUCGUCUAGGUUUCAAUAUUAAGGCUGGUUAUAAGGGAGAUAAAUUCAAGCUCCGUGUGCCUUUCCCUCGACCUGCAGAAGAUAGAAAGGAUGUUAAGACUCUCAUUGUUGAGAUGCUCCAAGCUGCUAAGCCUCAAGUUAAUUGAUUCCUCUACAGAUCAAAGGUGGACAUGAGAUUCCUUUCCGUCAUCCACCUUCUGAGGAGGACAAUUUGUGUGCCUUGAGAAGUAGGCAAGUAAAUAUAGUGAUAUUUUCAAUACAUACGAUGACAACUCAAAUAGCGAUUUCCGUGGGUAACACUCAUAAAUGUAGACAUUGAAAUGGUGUAAGAUUAAUUGUCUCUCGAAGACUCGUGCCCUUUGUACAGAAUGAUCAUAAGAUCUUCCCCAUGUUUACUUUGUUGAAUUGAGACAAUUUACGAAUAAUCCUUUAAGAAACGACAACAGUUUUUCGCUUGUCCA